AUUUAUACUUUAGUGUAUAUGAGAGUGCAGCGGUUACACAGUGUUACACUGCCUCGCUCCUCCGUGGAUCUAGACAGAGGAACGGGAUAUUCUCCAAGCAUCGGAAGCGGGACAGGGUCUGAAUACAGAAUGGCUUUCUUUGCAACAGUUGAGAGUAGAAAGAAUGCAGCUUUCGGGAUAAAUGGUGUACUGCUGGUUUCAAGUUUGAUUUUAAUUGGAACCGGAUCCAGCCUAAUGGGUUUCUAUAGAAUUCACAUGCUGGAGGUGAUAACUCUGGAUUUUAUUAUUGUACCUACAGUUCUCACAGGAGGUGGACUGUUCACUCUGCUCGUCUCAUUUUUUGGAUUUGCAGCUGUUGCAAAAGAAGAUAGCUGUCUGUUAACCUGCUUCUCUGUUCUGCUUGGGGUCGACUUCUGUAUACUGGUAGCAGGGAUUAUAUCCAGUGUCAGACUACUGUUUGAUAUACAGAUAGGAUUCCUAGAUGCUGAUGUAAUGACAGAACUAUCAGCAUACGAAACCAACUCUUGGGUAAGGUAUAAGUGGGACACAAUGCAAACAGAAUUCACAUGCUGUGGUGGAUACGGUUACGCUCAGGGGUAUAUGGACUGGAAAAAGACAACUAUGGGAGGAAGUAGGAACUCUGUACCAGACUCUUGUUGUCUUUUCGUUUCCCCAGGAUGUGGGUCUAAUCUAUUUGAGGUGAAUGAUAUAAGAGUAGUUAUCGGUAAGAUUAAUGUGCAUGGAUGCAUAACAGUGAUGCAGCGAAGAAUGGAAACACAUGUAACUGUUAUUCUCAUGCUUUUCUCGGUAAGAACUUUUACAAAAUAA